AACCCUCUCAACCCUCUCGCCGUCAACCCAGCCUUCUUCGGUUCCAGCCCACCUACUACGUACUCCGAAACCGCAUCCCAAAAUGUCGCUUUGCCAGAAUCGUCUGACGGAGGAGAGGUAUGUGGCUGACAACGUUGCAUAUACCCCUUAUGGCGUGUCAUGCCUCGAACUAACCCCAAACGCGACUAUCUACAGAAAGCAGUGGCGCCGAGACCACCCUUUUGGCUUCUAUGCAAAGCCGCAUCGGACUCCUCAAGGAACACUUGACCUCAAACGAUGGGAGUGUGGUAUCCCCGGAAAGGCGCAAACCCUUUGGGAAGGCGGGCUUUUCAAGCUUGACGUUACUUUCCCCGAUGAAUACCCCACUAAGCCGCCGAAGUGCAAAUUCGUGCCUCCGCUUUUCCACCCCAACGUCUAUCCAUCCGGCACUGUGUGUCUCUCGAUCUUGAACGAGGAGGAGGCCUGGAAGCCCGCAAUCACGAUCAAGCAGAUUCUCCUUGGUAUUCAGGACCUGCUAGACGACCCCAACCCUGAGUCACCAGCUCAGGCUGAAGCCUACAACUUGUUCAAGAAGGAUCGGCCAGCGUAUGAGAAGCGAGUUAGACAAGUCGUGAGGGAGAACCCGGCCCUUUAAUACCGCUCAACGACGGCAUGACAAGUUGUUAUCUUACCAUGAAGCUACUCUCCCCCUCGUCGUGUGUUUAAUUCGGCCCCCGAUCUCAUCCCAUGUCUGCGAAUUUCACGGCGGAUAUGGCGGCUUGAUAGUCUUAGACCAGGUGUUCCCACGUGGGGUAGAAGGACGGGAAGCCUUCCAAGAGGGAGAGCGCAGGUACACCCACCCGGGAUUUCACGAUAAUGCUGAGAGCGCCAUACCUGUCAAACGGGUUUCGAAAUGUCGCAUUGGCGCAGGUGUGUCUUCACUAAUUCCUGUCUUGGAGGGUGUCG